GCUCAUCUCCAGGGGUCAUUUUCCGGUUAGCCUUCGGGGUGUCCGCGUGAGAAUUGGUUAUCUCUUGGAGCGAGUGCUGGGAGGUGCUAGUCCGCCGCGCCUUUUUCGAGAGGCGUCAGGGCUGGGAGACUAGGAUGUCGGACACGUGGAGCUCUAUCCAGGCCCACAAGAAGCAGCUGGACUCUCUGCGGGAGAGGCUGCAGCGGAGGCGGAAGCAGGACUCGGGGCACUUGGUAGAGACGGGGUUUCACCAUGUUGGCCAGGCUGGUCUCGAACUCCUCACCUCAAGUGAUCCACCCAUCUUGGCCUCCCAAAGUGCUGGGAUUACAGGCGUGAGCCCCAGUGCCUUACCAGAAUGGAAAUAUUUAAAUCUACGGAAUCCAGAGGCAGCAUUGUCUCCAACCUUCCGUAGUGACAGCCCAGUGCCUACUGCACCCACCUCUGGUGGCCCUAAGCCCAGCACAGCUUCAGCAGUUCCUGAAUUAGCUACAGAUCCUGAGUUAGAGAAGAAGUUGCUACACCACCUCUCUGAUCUGGCCUUAACAUUGCCCACUGAUGCUGUGUCCAUCUGUCUUGCCAUCUCCACGCCAGAUGCUCCUGCCACUCAAGAUGGGGUAGAAAGCCUCCUGCAGAAAUUUGCAGCUCAGGAGUUGAUUGAGGUAAAGCGAGGUCUCCUACAAGAUGAUGCACAUCCUACUCUUGUGACCUAUGCUGACCAUUCCAAGCUCUCUGCCAUGAUGGGUGCUGUGGCAGAAAAGAAGGGCCCUGGGGAGGUAGCAGGGACUGUCACAGGGCAGAAGCGGCGUGCAGAACAGGACUCAACUACAGUAGCUGCCUUUGCCAGUUCGUUAGUCUCUUGUCUGAACUCUUCAGCAUCGGAACCAUCAAAGGAGCCAGCCAAGAAAUCAAGGAAACAUGCUGCCUCAGAUGUUGAUCUGGAGAUAGAGAGCCUUCUGAACCAACAGUCCACUAAGGAACAACAGAGCAAGAAGGUCAGUCAGGAGAUCCUAGAGCUAUUAAAUACUACAACAGCCAAGGAACAAUCCAUUGUUGAAAAAUUUCGCUCUCGAGGUCGGGCCCAAGUGCAAGAAUUCUGUGACUAUGGAACCAAGGAGGAGUGCAUGAAAGCCAGUGAUGCUGAUCGACCCUGUCGCAAGCUGCACUUCAGACGAAUUAUCAAUAAACACACUGAUGAGUCUUUAGGUGACUGCUCUUUCCUUAAUACAUGUUUCCACAUGGAUACCUGCAAAUAUGUUCACUAUGAAAUUGACGCUUGCAUGGAUUCUGAGGCCCCUGGCAGCAAAGACCACACGCCAAGCCAGGAGCUUGCUCUUACACAGAGUGUCGGAGGUGAUUCCAGUGCAGACCGACUCUUCCCACCUCAGUGGAUCUGUUGUGAUAUCCGCUACCUGGACGUCAGUAUCUUGGGCAAGUUUGCAGUUGUGAUGGCUGACCCACCCUGGGAUAUUCACAUGGAACUGCCCUAUGGGACCCUGACAGAUGAUGAGAUGCGCAGGCUCAACAUACCCGUACUACAGGAUGAUGGCUUUCUCUUCCUCUGGGUCACAGGCAGGGCCAUGGAGUUGGGGAGAGAAUGUCUAAACCUCUGGGGGUAUGAACGGGUAGAUGAAAUUAUUUGGGUGAAGACAAAUCAACUGCAACGCAUCAUUCGGACAGGCCGUACAGGUCACUGGUUGAACCAUGGGAAGGAACACUGCUUGGUUGGUGUCAAAGGAAAUCCCCAAGGCUUCAACCAGGGUCUGGAUUGUGAUGUGAUCGUGGCUGAGGUUCGUUCCACCAGUCAUAAACCAGAUGAAAUCUAUGGCAUGAUCGAAAGACUAUCUCCUGGCACUCGCAAGAUUGAGUUAUUUGGACGACCACACAACGUGCAACCCAACUGGAUCACCCUUGGAAACCAACUGGAUGGGAUCCACCUACUAGACCCAGAUGUGGUUGCACGGUUCAAGCAAAGGUACCCAGAUGGUAUCAUCUCUAAACCUAAGAAUUUAUAGAGGCACUUCCCUACAGAGCUAAGAAUCCACAGCCAUGGCUCUGUAAGCUAAACCUGAAGAGUGGUAUUUGUACAAAAGCUUUCUUCUUUAUUUAAAUAAACAUUUGUAUUGUAAUUGGGA